GUUGGCGGGAACACCCCGCUCCCCGCCGCCGCCGGGCUGUGGGGCGGAGCGUGCGUGAGCGGCGGGGCGCUGGGAGCCGUUACCCGCCCCCACGUGGCCAACCGGGCGGAGCAGGCGGCGGUAGUGGCGGCGCAGUCCGGUGGAGUAGUCGCCGCUUGCUCCCCUCCUCUCCUCGCUCCGGUACUACGAGCUCCGCCUGCUCCGUCUCCGCCCCCCGGCCUGCCCGGGGGUGGUGGGGGGAACCUCCUCGCUGAGGACCGCCCCCCUCCCCUCCUUCUCCGGCGCGGCACCCACCCCCUGGCUCCGGCGGGGACUAUGCGGAGAUGGUCGUCGUGACCCGAGGCAGAAACAAAGAGUCGCCGCCGCUUAAGCCUGGCCAGCAGCAGCAGUCGCCGGGCGCUAGCCCCAGGGGCGGCCGUGGGCGCCCGCCGCACUCUCCCGGCCGGCAGGUCCCCGGCGGGGCCCGCGCCAUGCGGAAGGGAGGCGGCGGCCGGCGGGGAGCCAGGGGCGACCCCCAGAGACCCUGCCGGGAGGGGCCCGCGGCGGAGGGGCUGCGGGACGUGCUGGGCCGCGGGCCGCUGAGGCUGCUGCGCGGCUGCAGAGACCGGCUCGGAGUAUUUGUGGAUGACAGGAAGGCCUCCAUCGUAAAAGCUGAUAGCAAGAUAUGGCUCACUUUCCUUUUAGCUGCUUUUGCAGGAGUCCUACAUUGGUAUCACAUAACAACUCUUUUUGAAAAUGACCGUCAUUUUUCUCACCUCUCAACGCUAGAAAGAGAAAUGGCUUUUCGCACGGAAAUGGGUCUUUAUUAUUCCUACUUCAAGAUCAUUAUUGAGGCACCAUCGUUUUGGAAUGGAGUACGGGCAAUUAUGAAUGACAGGCUAACUGAGUAUCCUUUAGUGAUUAAUACCUUACAAAGGUUCAAUCUUUACCCAGAGGUGGUCCUCGCCAGCUGGUACCGUAUCUACACUGCCAUUAUGGAUUUCCUUGGUGUACCUACAAAGAUGUGUUGGACUGUAAACAGAGGAAAAGGGCUUAGUCCUGUUGAAAGCUGUGAGGGGUUGGGAGACCCUGCUUCCUUCUAUGUUGCUAUGAUUUUUCUUUUGAAUGGAUUAAUGAUGUCGCUGUUCUUCAUAUACGGUACAUACCUCAGUGGGAGCCGUCUAGGAGGCCUUGUUACUGUGGCAUGUUUCUUUUUCAACCAUGGAGAGUGCACUCGUGUCAUGUGGACUCCACCUCUUCGUGAAAGUUUCUCAUACCCAUUCCUUGUGCUUCAGAUGUUGCUCUUGACCUAUAUCCUCAGGAUUCCGAAUAUUAAUACGGGAAGCUUGAUUGCACUGUGUGUUUCUAAUAUCUUUUUCAUGCUUCCCUGGCAGUUUGCUCAGUUUGUUCUCCUAACACAGAUAGCUUCAUUGUUUGCUGUGUGUAUUAUGGGUUAUAUUGACUCCUGCAAAUUACAGAAGAUACUCACUGCUCAUAUGGUAGCUCUUGUAGUGUGUUUUAUUCUGAUGUUUGGUAAUUCAAUGUUAUUGACAUCAUAUUAUGCUGCAUCUUUAGUAGUUAUCUGGGGAAUUCUUGAAUUGAGUCCAAAAGUCUUGAAAAGCAGCAGAAGAGAAAUCUAUGUAUGGGUUAUUGAAGGAUGUGCCUGGUUAUUUGGGACAGUCACCUUGAAAUCCCUAACUUCCUUAGUGUUUGGAAUAGCUGAUGAUGCUCACAUAGGAAACAUAUUGAAAUCUAAAUUUAUUGGCUACAAGGAUUUUGAUACGUUAAUGUAUACUUGUGCUGCAGAGUUUGACUUCAUGGAAAAAGAGACUCCAGUAAGGUACACAAAGACUCUGCUGUUGCCAGUUGUUCUGGUUGUUUUGGGGGUAAUCAUCAAAAGGGCAAUUAAACAUCUUACGUGGUCCUUAUCUCAGGCGGGCCAGUGUGAAAGAGAGGAACGUUUUAACCAGGGUGAGCUGGUGUACCAUGCACUGCAGCUGUUGGCAUACAGUGUCCUAGCUAUUUUAAUCAUGAGACUGAAACUGUUUUUGACACCACAUCUAUGUGUUAUGGCUUCCUUGGUGUGUUCAAAACAGUUGUUUGGAUGGCUCUUCUGUAAAAUCCAGCCCAAAACGUUGGUCUUUGCUAUUUUAGCAUUGAUGGCUAUAGAGGGAUCAGCAAACCUUCAAACUCAGUGGAACAUCAUGGGAGAAUUUAGCAAUUUGCCACAGGAGGAGCUUUUAGAGUGGAUAAAAGUCAAUACCAGACAAGAUGCAGUUUUUGCAGGAGCAAUGCCCACCAUGGCAAGUGUUAAAUUGUCUACACUUCGUCCUGUUGUAAAUCAUCCUCACUAUGAAGAUGCAGGAUUAAGGGCCAGAACUAAAGUAGUGUAUUCCAUGUACAGUCGAAAACCUGCAAAAGAUGUAAAAAGAGAAUUGAUAAAACUAGGAGCAAAUUACUACAUUCUGGAAGAGUCAUUGUGUGUAAGCAGAAAAAAGCCUGGCUGCAGUAUGCCUGAAAUCUGGGAUGUUGAAGAUCCUGUUAAUAGCGGCAGAGUUCCUUUAUGUACCCUUAUGAGCAAGGAUUCCAGGCCAUAUUUCUUCACAGUAUUUGAAAACAGCAACUACAGAGUCUUAAAGAUUCCAAGGGAAUAAUAUUUCAAUACAAAGAGCCACCAGUCUUUCAGCUUUUUAAAGUAGUAACUAUAAGAAUUCUAAAUCAGAAAUACCUUUUCUACUAGACUUAAAAUGGAAAAAUGUGUGUUUUAUUUUUUUUUAACCAUUUUAAGUGAAUUCUGAUUAUAGAAAUAUCUUAAACCUAACAGUUUGGAUUUCUAUUUCAGGGUCAGUCCCUUGAGAUUUGCUAUGCAAAUGAUUAUAUGUUUGCACAUUUUAUUUAACACUGAUCCAAAAAGAGUUAAAAGUAGCUAUGGAAAGUUAACUCCAUUCUCAAAACCAAUGCUAUUGUGAAAUGGGACUGUCAGAAUGUCUUAGCAAAACAGGUUUGUUUAAAGCUUUGGUGCUAGCAGCUAGGAACAAAGGAAUGGUGCUAUAGCAUUUGGCAUCACAUUUCUCACGUCACUUGCAUUACCCGUCUCCCUUCUGGGCAAUGUGAUACUAGAAAUUCUCUUAAAAGUCACGUAGUUUCACUAGUCAUGUCUGAGAGAAAUACAUGUUUUCUUUGAGAGGAUUAAGAACAUCAUUUUGGUUCACUUAACAAAUGCUUUUAAGCUUGCUUUUGAAAUGGAGAAAAGUUUGUAGGCAGACUUGAAACUUCAUUAUUAGGUGCAUGUUCUUGGAAUCUUACUGAUAUUAAAAAAGAUGACUAAUAAGGGUAAUAUUUGCAGUGAGCAAUAGUUUAGCUUCUCAGUGUCCAAGGAUUUUUAGCAUUCGUAUGCAUUCAGAAUAAGCUGGCAUAACAUACAUGACAUUUUUAAGGGAAAAUGCUUUAUUCAGGAAAAAUCUGUCAUAGCCUUAGAAAGAUUCUAAAAUAAAUUCUUCGCUGCCUUAACUAGACCUUCAGCGCCUAACUUGAUGAGAAAUUACCUUCAAAAUUCAUGCCCUAUUUUCUUUCCCUCUGUAAUAGGUCCUACCUGGAUUUUAUCAUCAGCAUUAAAGAGGAAUGAAAUUUAACCUGGUUUGUGGUAUGGAUGUAGUCAGUUCUGUGGGUAUAAUUGCUCCAACUCUAUUAGACUGGUUGUGCAAUUUUCCUGUCAUCUUGGUGUCACACCGAUAUUCUAGGUAAUAGAAGAUUCACUUUCCUAGGUACCCAGUCCUGUAACUGACUUGGUAGAAUUUGUGUGUGGUUAUUGCCAUUGAGAAGUAUCACAGCAAGUGUCAUUCUACUUCUAAAGUCAAGUGUUUCUCUGUGUAUCAUUCAUGUCUUGGUUUUGUUUUCACUUGUUUUUCUUUGGUUCAGACAUCAGUCUAUUGGUAUGACUGGUCUUUUUAGCCCUACUAGCAUCUAGCAAUAUUAGAUGCUAUAGGAAUAGCAUCUGUCACGUCUGUAUCAGUAUCAACUAAAUGGGAUCUUAUGAUAAAGUAGUAGUGUAACAACUGAUGAGUAUUCUAAGACAUCUUAUUUUUUUAGAGAUCUGUUUUAUUGAGAGGGCAAGGGAGAAUGGCUGAAAAUGCAUUAGCUUUUUAACUUUUACAGAAUAGAUUUUGGAAACAUUUCUAUAAGGAAACUAUCACAAAAAGGGCUUUUGGGAAGUCACUUUUUAAAAUGUUAAUUGAAUUCAAGGAAGUGGGGGGAGGAGAUCUUUAUAUAAACAUUGUGACUUAGUGUUACAGCACAAAAAGGAACUGUAUUUUUAUGAAGUUUAUGCCAACUGUUGAAAUGUACUUACGUGGUUAAAUAAAAAAGAAAAACAUGGAAA